AUGGCUCCCGUCCCGGAGGCCUAUUUCCCGUCCCUGGACAAGUGCUUCUCCGGGGAUGCUCAACUUUUGUCCUGGAGAAGAGCUUUCCUCUAUACCAAUGACCCCGAAGGCCAUGCCGACGAUGGUGGCCAUAUCGAGGCUUUCCUUUCACAUCCUGAAAGCAUCCAACUGCUGUCGCAAAGCCUGACCUCCUUCACUCGCCCUUCCGCCAAAUCCAAAUCAGAUUUUCAAUCCAAAACUGCAGCAAUUCAUGUGGAAACAAGUUCUAAGAAUUCUUUCAAUUUGGACGAGAUCAAGGCGGACGCGCAAUGGCUUAGCCAGAAAGCGGAACUCAACGAGAUAACUGCCCUGCGAUUCACCGUUCUUGAAUGGCAAAAUCGACCUGCGACGCGCCUGACUGCGAAUUUCUCCAGUGAGGAGCUGACAAGUUUACAGAGUGCGGCAGGUGCCGAUAAACUCAACGCCUCUGUGGCUGGCCCGAACUUGGCAAACAUCCUGAGACAGGUGGGUGAUAAUGGCGCCUUAUUCGACUCAGAGACAAGCCGGCGCUUGCGAUUGCGCUGCGCCUACCUUUCAGAACGAAGCCACGUCGUCAAAACGUGUCGUAAGCUGCUCGCUAUGUCUCUGCACAACGCCCCCAGCAAUACCAUUACCACCCCAGCUACCGAGAGAAAGCUUGCUUUGUGCAAGUUGGGAGCUUCGCUGUUCAAAGAUAAAUCUACAGGUAGCUCCUUGAGUAGAUUUUUGGAAGAAUGUAUGAACGCCAUCCGCAGUCGCCUGACUGAUCUAUCUGGGAGUGGCGGUUGGUUGAAUACAGAUGAGAGCAGCGAGGAAAUAGAGAUUCUCUGGAGGAGUUUGGUUGCAGAGGAAGUGGGCCAUAUCCUUCAAAUUAUGUUCCAUCAGCUUCAUGCAUCCGCGGAAGUUCCGUCUGGUGACCUUCUGCUAUCGUGGCUCAAACUGAUGGCUGACUAUCGGUUCCUUGAAGGGUUGAGUGUACCUUGUCAAGACCCUGUGGAAGUCAUGUUCCCAGUCCAGGCUUUUGUCUCUUUGACAACCUUGGCCUUCUUGAAACUGCCUUUGGCGUUUUCCUCGAUCACCAACAGGGCACAGCCUCAGACUUUCCCGUCGGGCCAGACUGCUUAUUUCCUUUCCAAGGAGAAGGUUUCUCAGAUAAACGAGAUUUUCCUUCUUGCCUGUCAAAAUGAUAUGGCCACGGUGAGGCCUGCAGCCUUUUCAUGGGGCAUAAUCCUUCAUGCCAUUCAGGAACUAGCUUUGAGCGACAAGGAAACCCGGGAGAUGGAGCAACUGCAUAAUGCCUUGGACUCGUUUCAAUCGAACAACCAAAAUGCACGCUUCUCGGGGGGAUCAGAGCCAUCACUCUAUGAAGAACUCAUUGACUGUGCUCGAACCCCACAGCACUCUGUGGAUGAUACAAUUUCCAUUUUGACAUCUCACGAGGUCAAAGAUCUUGCGUUGAAUACAAUGAUCACCUUGUCGCAGAAAGUCGGGUCGCUAUCCGCAGUUGACGAUAUUUUGACAUAUCAAUGGGUGCGUCUGGCACUACUUGAUCUCCUCAAGGUCGCAGUGGUCUUUUGGGACUAUUCUCCGGAGCUUGUCGAGUCGGUCUUGGCAAUACUUACCGAUACCUGCGGUGGACCUUGGCUCAAAUCAGUAGACUCGCUCGGGGUUGCAAACGACCCUAAGUCGGUAUUCAUUCAAGAUAGUGCGUUGAUGGAUAACGUUUUCCGCCUCGCACGGUCUCGCUUCCCCUACGAAACGAUCCCCUUUUUGAAGCUCUGUCGCGCGCUAGUAGGUGAGCAUGCAGUCAACGAGGACGGUCUACCUCUGAUAUUUGAGGAACUGGAUGGUAUGGAUACUUUUACCCAGAUUGUCCCUCAGGAGUUUGGAGGAUAUGAGACUAUUCGCGAGGACGAAAAUGCCAAUUUUGUGUCGCUCAUUCAAUCACUGCCGAUGAUCGAGGCGGCCACCCGCAGUCGUCUUCCCGGGAUCGAAUCAAGCAGUGCUUUGGUCGUGAGGGGGUCAUCUGAAAUUCCAACGGCCACAGUCGGACAAAUUAUUUCUGAAAACAAGCCAGCGGUCGUCAUGUGGCAACACCAAUACUCAUGUCUGAGCUUCUUGGGAAGCUGGCUCGAGGAGUGGAGUGAGAGCGGCGGAUGUUCCUCCGGUUGGAAUAUCGAGUCCGGCGCAGAGAUCAUCAGUUUACUAGCGGAUCUUGUGGCUAAUGCCAAGGAUCUCCGUCCAAACGACGCUCCGGGUACCAACGCCAAAAGGAUUCUCGAACUAGCCAGCGAUGGACUCUCUCGACAGGGUGAUAUCAUUACAGUUAUUUUCGACAUCUUCGAGCGAAACUUGCAGAGUGUUGGAUCUCAAGGCCCGGCCAAUGCACUGGAACUGAUCAUGGCCUGUCUACAAUUCAUCCAGCAAGUUGUCAAGGUUCUUCCGUGCCGUGUUUGGCCGUUCUUCAGCCGCAGCAGCCUCGUUGGAUCCGAAGGCAAGGGUGGAAUGAUGACAGCCAUCAUUUCAGCGACGGAGAUUCCUUCUGGGGAAUAUCCCUUCCUGUUGAGCUGCGUUAAUCUUCUGAAGGCUGCUGUCGAUGACGCAGGGUCACGAGCAGUGUUAAGAAAGAGCCCUGGUAGCGUCCUGGGCAAAUCAACAAUUGCGACCGAUUGGACUGCUAGCAUCCCAUCCCAUGUAAUGAGAACCAUUCUGCUGGAUUUCACUCGUACAAUGGUGGAUAUCUUCAACGGUAACGGAAACUGGCGAUUUAAUUUCCCAGAACAACGGCUUCAGAUCAAUGCGAUCUUAGCUAGCACUUUCGAUCAAAUUUUGUAUUACGCCUACGGAAUCAACGACAAUGCCAAGCUGGAAUCCAAAAUCACCGGUGUCUUUUCUUCCUCUGCAACUUACAUCCUGGAUAUGCUGCGACCUCGUUCCACCGCUGACCUGCCCUUCAACCCGCUUCUUCGGUUAAUUUCAGAGGGGCUCCAAGCACCAUCUACCCUUCAUUUCCGCCACUUCACGUUGGUUGAGAGCCAGGUUACCUCCAUACUGGGGCUAUGUGUGAAGCUUGUCCAAGCAUCUCGCCUGGCAGAUCUUCCCGGGUCGCUAUUAGAAGAGCAGCUUUUCAAAGCUGCGCCGGUCCUGGUGAAACUUUAUGCGUCUCACGAUUCAUACAGGUUACCGGUUGUGAAGCUUCUUGACAUUCUCAUAUCAAGCGCUGCCUCCAAUUCAGAGAGUGAGCCUCCAUCUCUUGUUGGUCAUCUAGGAGCGGAAUCAUCAUGCCUGUUCCUCGAUGUCCUCUCCCAGCUUGACAAACCCCUUAGCGACAAAAAUCUGUUGCUGUCCGUUUGGCGAUUGCUGUCAACUUUCGUUAGCAAGCGUCAGCAAUGGCUAGCUGUCUUUAUUCUCACUGGCGCGUCUCCCCGCCAGACCUUAAAAAAAUCCGACAAAUCUGGGGAUCCGAGUAUGAGGGGCGCACCGUUCCUGCAGAUGGCCCUCGAUAAGCUUGCCCACAUUGACCAGGAAGAGCCUGAGGUGGCCUUGGAAUUGCUCGAAUUUGUAUCCAGUGCUCAAGAACACUGGCCAUGGGCCACCCCACAGUUGAAAAGUCAUUCUCAAUUCCUCACGAGCAUCGUUAACCAUGUCUCAAAAUUGAAGAUCUCGACUCUACCAGUGAAAGAUCAAAUUUUCGCAACACGAAUUGCAGCUGUCGUCGCUGACAUUUGCGCCGUAUACUUGCACUCUGCGAAGGAAUCCAACGACCGGAGCUUUGUCAAGACCCUCAUUCCAUUGGUACAGUGGUAUGCCAAUGGUGCUGUUGACGUCAGUGCCUAUAAUACUUCCUUGCAUGCGAACUUGAAGAAGAAUUUCGAGGCACGAUACAAUGGCUGCAAGAUCACCGACUUCAAGCGAACACCGCUGGAGACCCGUACACUUGGUCGUGAUUAUUACUAUGACCUAGAUAUGGGAGAAAGGUUACUAUCCUACGACUUUGCUUGGGCUGGAACUCGUGGUCAAGGUUUCUCAGAGGAGUUUGAGCGAGCCAACAUCAACCUAUCACUUGUUGAAGCGCAAGUCAGCCUCCUCAACAGCUGGAAAUUCUUUGCCAUUGAGCAUUGCGCGGACUUUCUUCCAGACCGCGAAAUCCAAAAGUCAAUGGCUCUAGUGGCGCAACAUUGUCUAGAGGCAAACAGUCGGGGCGUCCCGCCAGAAUCCAUCUUUGAGCGGAUUCAACAAACACGGGUCGAUUUCGCCCAGGCUCUCCUCCAACGAUUGGUACAAGUGGGGGCCCGAGGAUCUGAGGUAUUCGCUAUGCUUGAGGUGACCUGGAAAGCUUUGCUUGCUCGGCACUCCACCUACGAAGAAGCCCUGAUCAACGACGAUACCGAGUACUAUCGAUGCCUACUCAAUGUCCUGUUCCUGGCUCUUCAAUUCCAUUUGAAAGGCUCGUCUCGCUCCGCGCCUGCGGCACCGAGUAAGGCCGCUAUCUCUUCCGACCUUACCGUCGUCGUUGAAAUUGUGAAGACCAUCGUCGCUCAAGGCUUUAAAUCGCUUACCACUUAUCUACACGAAGAACCAGAGAAAUGUACGCCCAAGGAUUUCGCCAUUCUGAUCGCCAUUCUACAAAGUGCUCUGCAUGUCAAGGAUGCCGAUCGACUCUUUGAGCAUAUCACAUAUCAUAUUGAGGAUAACAACACUGCCCGAUAUGCCACUACGCUUUUUUCUUGGGCUGACCAGCUUGCGGUGGCCGGAGACCCGAUCUACGGCGAUCUGAGUCUGUCUAUCCUUGUCAAAAUGUCGACCAUCCCGAUGCUAGCAGAGCACAUUGCUGUGGAGGCAGUUCUGAUGAAACUGUCAACAUGUCGUCUAACAAACAUUCUCCGCCAACCCAAGGGAUUCGGACCCUUUGACCCUGUACCCCGAAUGUACACGAUUUGGACCGCCGGCUUCCUCCCUCUGUGCCUGAACCUUCUCUUCAACGUUGUUCGUGCCGCGCCAGAGGUAGCUGCAUUCCUCAACCAGUUCGAAGGCCAGCUCGCUCGUGCGGCCGAAGUUUUUUCCACUCCCCACGUGGGCACCUCAUCCAGCGCAUCGGCACAGUGGAUCAGUCUGAGCAUGGCAUCCGAGGCAUACUCACUAUCUCUCAUCUCCUUCAUCCUCGCCCAGUUCCGCGAAGCAGGCCCCAGCGCUGGCUUAGACCCCCAGGCCAUCCAGGAACUGAAGUGGGACCACGCCCAGGUGAAAGAAGACAUUGAGUCUCUGAUCAAUCGCCGGCAAUCCCUGCGAGCACGCAUUGUUGCUACGAAUGAGAAGGAAGUGGAGUGGUCGCGACAGAAGCCAGUUUCCGAGGCUUCUGGCUGUACUAACCGCCUGGAGGAGAAAGUGUUGGCCGAGUUGAAUGCGGCCUUGACCUGUUUAGCGGAUGAGGAGGAUUCAUGA